AUAUACGAUGUUAUAUAUACAUUAGUAAAAGAUAGACUUAGUAUCUAAUCAAGAUAAUAUAAUUAAGAAAAUGAUUUUUGUUUUUAUCGUUACAUCAUUUUAAUAUUAACAAGCAUCAAGUUCUUACAGUGUUAUUGAUUGUGAUGUGAGGAUACGUUAUUUUCGGCAUAAAUAACGUAAUCAUUUAUAUUUUGAAUAUGUUGAAGAAAUUGUGUCAACAAUACCUAAACUUUUCAGUUGUUAAAAAUAAUUUAAUUAUUAUGAAUUCUUGUGUUAAAUGUGCACCGUUAACAGAACCAAUCCCGUUUUCAAAAGACUUUUUGUUUCGUCAAAUGUUCGAUCCCACAUCCUGUACAUACACUUAUCUGUUGGCCGAUAUCAACGAUAAAACAGCGAUUUUAAUUGAUCCAGUCAUUGAAUGGGCAGAACGAGAUAAAACCAUUAUUGAGGAAUUGGGAUUAACAUUAAAAUAUGCUAUAAAUACGCAUAUGCACGCUGAUCAUAUCACCGGAACAGGAAGGCUCAAGUGUUUGUUACCUGGUUGCCAGUCAAUGAUAUCACGUAGCAGCGGCGCUAAGGCUGAUAUACUCUUGAAUCCGGAUGACCAAAUAUGCUUCGGCAGGCAUAAUUUACAGGUGCUUCCUACACCCGGACACACCGAAGGUUGUGUUACUUAUGUCUGCUACGAACAAGGCAUUGCAUUUACUGGCGAUGCACUUUUAAUACGUGGAUGUGGACGAACAGAUUUCCAGGGUGGAUCGUCGGAGAUUUUGUAUAAAUCAAUUCAUACAAAAAUCUUUACGUUGCCACAAAAUUUUAAGUUAUAUCCAGCCCAUGAUUAUUGUGGCAGAACGGUAACUACCGUGGCUGAGGAGAAGAUUCUUAAUCCCAGAUUAUCUAAAUCACUAAAUGAAUUUGUGAACAUAAUGAAUAAUCUUAAUCUGUCUUAUCCAAAAAUGAUAGAUAAAGCUUUACCGGCUAAUAAAGUUUGCGGAUUAUAUGAAGUUCACGAGGAACAGAAACCAUGAAGAGAUGAACUCUUCUGUGGUAUUUUUACGUUUAUCGAUCGACCGAUGUUAAUUCAAUUUUUUCGUUUUAUGUAAAAUAAUAGUUUAUAAUAAAAGGAAUUUAAUUAUAUAAUAAACAUACAAAAAAUUUAAGAAAAGCGCGUGUAUAUUAUUUUUAAUUGAUACUCUUGCUUUUUUUAUGUUUAAUUUUUAAAUUCGCGCUAUUAUUAAGAUUAAAAUUUCACAUUGCGAAAUACGAGAUUCUUUUUACAUGACCUUUUCAUUUUUAUUAAAUAUUUGUCCUGUUUUCUAAAUAAUUAUCCUAAAUUUAAAAAACUAAUUAAAUUUGCGCUUAUAUACACAUAUAGAAUAUCUUGUAUUCGUUGUUGGGACAUUUAGAUCUCUAUAUCAACCAGUAUAAUGCAUUUAUUUUUCAACUGAAUAUAAUAUUGUUCCAUAAACAUCUUUCGUAUAUUAAAGAGGAUUUUAUAUUAACAUAAGUAAAUACGCUAAAAGAAUUCCGCCUAUAAAAGCGGAAAUCAUCGAAUCAAAAAAGUAAUUCGUAAUAGUUCCAAAUUUCGCCGUUAAUUUCACAGUGUCCCCUAACCUCAAACAUCAUUCGAAGAACUGAAUUUUGUGAAGUACGCGAAACGAAAUGUAAGACGG